AUGUGUGGGAUUUUCUUCUCGCUGAGCACUUCAAAACCCACGCCAUCAACGCAAGAGACCUGCGAUCUACUGCAGAAGCGAGGGCCAGACAGCUAUAAAACCCACACAUUGCAAAAGGAUAUCACCACAGAGGAUGGCGUGUCUCCACCACUAUCCUAUUAUCUGACAUUCACCUCGACAGUGCUUGCAUUGAGAGGAGAUCAUGUAUACACGCAGCCACUCGUAGACCCCGCAACCCAGUCCGUGCUCUGCUGGAACGGAGAAGCGUGGAAGAUCGCCGGGGAGCGCGUCCAGGGCAAUGAUACCGAACGCGUGUUCAACUUGUUCUUACAGGCAGUGGACAAUGACCGGACCAAGUCUGUUGAAAAAAUGGCUGAAGCUAUUGCCAGCCUCUCGGGGCCGUUUGCCUUUGUCUUCUAUGAUGCAGUCAACUCAAGGCUCUAUUACAGCAGGGAUAGUCUUGGGAGGCGGUCUCUGCUUCAAGGAUUUGACGAAGAUGGGAAUCUGAAGAUUUGCAGUAUUUGUGACAGUGCAUCGGCGGAUUGCUUCAAGGAAGUGGACACCGAGGGCGUUUGUACCAUUGACUUGGAUCGCUACCAAGGCCCAUCCCUAUCUGUCAAAGAAUUGUGCCAGAUCGAGAUCAUGCCAUGGAGCUCCGCUGAUUCACCACCAGCUGGUCAUAUAGUAUGUGCCCUUCAUCUUUUCUUUUUGAACACAGCAACUGACGCAAAAACGAAGAAAAAAUCAAUCCAACCCAUGACCACAUCACUACCAACAGAACAACCACCAGCAUUGACAACAGACUCACCCUUCGUCAAAGAGCUCGAGUCAAAACUGCGUCAAUCCCUAGAACUCCGGAUCCAAGGUAUCCCCGAACCCCCAGGCUACAUCGCCAGCCAAACAGCAAAAACAGCCGUCCUCUUCUCCGGCGGCCUAGACUGCACUCUCCUAGCCCGACUCGCCCACGACAUCCUCCCCCUAGACGAACCAAUCGACCUCCUUAAUGUAGCCUUCGAAAACCCCCGGGUAGCAGCCGCCGCCGCAAAAGCCAACCAAACCCAAUCCACACCAUCCCUCUCAAUCUACGAAAACUGCCCAGACAGACUAACCGGCCGCUCCGCCCACGCCGAGCUCCAAGAGACCUGUCCAGGCCGCACAUGGCACUUCAUCGCAGUCGACAUCCCCUAUACCGAAACCCUCGCCCACAGGGAAAAGGUCAAACGCCUAAUGCGCCCCCACAAUACAGAAAUGGACCUCUCCAUUGCCUGCGCAUUAUACUUCGCCGCCCGCGGCACAGGCACAAUCCAAACAACCCCAUCCCCCUCCCAUCCUGAAUCUGAAUCUCAACCCCAAAUCUACACAACAACCUCCCGCACCCUCCUCUCCGGCCUCGGCGCCGACGAGCUCUUCGCCGGCUACGGCCGCCACAGCGUAGCCUUCACACGCGGCGGCUUCGCCUCCCUAAUCGCCGAGAUCGAUCUCGACGUAAGUCGUCUCGGCUCACGGAAUCUCGGCCGCGACGAUCGCGUCCUCUCGCACUGGGGUCGUGAAACGCGCUUUCCCUUCCUGGACGAGGAAUUCGUCGCUUGGGUGCUGAAAGCGCCGGUGUGGGAGAAGUGCGGGUUUGGUCUGCCUACGCCUGCUUCCGAGGAGACGGCUGGUAUUGAUGCGGAGAAGUUGGCGUUGAGACUGGUUGCUGUAAGGCUCGGGAUGCGGAGGGUUGCGAGGGAGAAGAAGAGGGCUAUUCAGUUUGGGGCUAGGACGGCCAAGAUGGAGACGGGGAGAUCGAGGGGGACGGAUGCUUUGGGGUGA